AUGACGCAAAAAAACACCAAAAACGCGACCAAAGAUGGGACUCUCUUUGAUGAUAACCACUCCCUCCAAUGCGCGAUUACUAAAGCUCGACGCACGAUCAAAAUUCCCGAUACGCUUUCUAUCGAAACACUCAUAACUUCCUACUUGAUAGCGCUUCACGGAGGAAGAGAUAAGAGAAAGAAAAAGAUUCACCGGUUCUUUUCGUUGAUUGGUCUUAGGGACUAUGGCGAUAAAGAAGUCGAAGCAUUCGGUGCCGGGUACAGGAAAGCAUAUCGAAAUUCCCGAAGAGCUACUCCCGGAACGAUAGAGACUUUAAUAAAACUUCAGGAGAUGGGAUACAAGAUUACCAUCAUAACCAAGGGAUUAACAGACUCCCAGCAGGAGAAUAUAGACGAGAUCGGAAUUGCGCAAUUGGUCGACCGUCUUUUCGCUUCCUGUGAACUUGGGUGGGAGAAGCCGGGUUCACGAAUCUUUCACCAUGCAAUGGGCGAGUACGAUAUCACACCUGAAAUGCUGAAAGGGAAGGGCAGGCCGUACAUGGUCGGCGAUGAUAUGACUCGUGAUGUUCAUGGCGCUAUGGAUGCUGGAAUGGAAGCUAUCGUUUAUCUACCUGCUUGUGCGGGAGCAGCACCGGGACUGUCGACGUCUUUACCGGUUAUCCACGACAACAUGACUCAGCUGUUAUACAUCAUUAAGAAAGACCGACGCGAUGGUAGGAAUAAUGGUCGUGCCAAACGCUGGGGACUCUUUUGUUUCUAA